AUGGCCAAUCACUUCAACAUCAUUCCCAAGAAUAUCCCGGGUAGUCCCGAGCCUUUCAAUCUUCACGUGCCUGAGAAGGACUUGUCCGAAUUUCGAGAGCUCUUGCAACUCUCUAAGAUCGGGCCAGCAACAUGGUGGAACCAGCAUACCGACGGUCAAUUCGGAAUCUCUCGAGAAUGGCUCAGCCGUGCGAAGGAGACCUGGCUGACCUUCGGCUGGCGCAAGCAUGAGGAACACAUCAACAGUUUCCCCAACUUCAAGAUUACGGUUGAAGACGUGGAAGCUGGACAGAUCAAACUCCACUUUUCUGCGCUGUUCUCUGGAAAUAAGGAAGCUAUCCCAGUUGUCUUCCUUCACGGAUUUCCAGCUUCAUUUACUGAGUUCCUGCCGAUGAUGCAGUUACUAGCCGACAAGUACACGCCCGAGACUCUUCCGUACCACAUUAUCGCGCCAUCCUUACCUGGCUAUGGUUUGUCCGGUAGCUCUAAUCAGAAUGUCGAGAUGACUUUUGAACAAGCUGCACGGAUUAUGAACCAGCUUAUGAUUGACCUUGGAUUCGGUAAUGGGUACGUCGCACAGGGAGGUGAUCUUGGCAGCCUGCUCGCACGAAUCAUGUCCGUUCGGUACGACGCUUGCAAAGCUUUCCAUCUCAACAUGCUUGCCUUGAAUCCGGGAGAUAUAGCCCCUCCCUUCGACAGCCUGACCACUGAAGAGCUGCAAAUAAUGGAAAGGACCGAGGUCUUCCGCAAAACUGGCUUAGCAUUUGCACUUGAACAUGGCACUCGUCCCUCCACCGUCGGGUUGGCUAUGUCGUCCAACCCGCUCGCUCUGCUGGCUUGGAUUGGCGAGAAGCUUCUCGAAUGGGUUGACCAGCGCGAACCGCUCUCCAUUGAUACUGUGUUGUCUAUAGUAAGCUUCUACUGGUUCACAGAUACGUUUCCUCGUAGCUUGUAUCACGCAGAGAUGGUGAAGGGACUUUCCGAAGGAAAACCCCAUCCGACAUCGAAAGAAAAGCCGCUAGGGUAUUCCAUGUUCGCGCAUGACCUUGCGGUGUUGCCCCAAGCCUGGGCUAAACAGAUCUACCCCAAUCUAGCUUUCUUCAAAGCCCAUUCAAUGGGAGGGCACUUUGCCAGCCUGGAGCAACCAGAGGCGUUCUUAGCAGACAUCGAGGAGUUUUUAGAGAGCGUUGCCAAGUUAUUUUCAACCGAGUAG